CAGCAGCUAACCAAGCUAAAGCUAGGCUAACAAGCUGCUACAGACUGACAUGUAGGUUAGUCAACUCUGCACUCAGUCUCAAUGAAGGCGCUUCCAGAGUGAUUGGGACAUGGAGUUAAGAAAUAUCAAGGACCAGUCUCCAUUGGUCCAGGCUAUAUUCAGCCGAAACGCUGAAGAAGUGACAUUUUUGUUGAACCAUAAUGAAGAUGUCAAUUCACUGGACCAAGAACAAAGCACACCACUCCAUGCAGCUGCUUAUUUGGGUGAUGUCCAGAUAAUGGACCUACUUAUUGCGUCAGGUGCUAAUGUCAACGCUAAGGACCAGGGUUCGCUGACUCCUUUACAUCGAGCAGCUGCCUCACAAAAUGAAAGAGCUGUGGAGCUGCUGCUAAAGCACAGAGCAGAGGUCAACACACGGGACAAGUUCUGGCAUACACCUUUACACAUGGCAGCUGCGAAGUGGGCUACAGGCUGCGCUUUAGCUCUGAUACCACAUGUGUGUAGCCUGGAUGUUGCUGACAGGUCUGGAAGGACACCACUGCAUCAUGCUGCGCACAGCGGACAUGGAGAGAUGGUGAACUUGUUCCUGAGCAAAGCUGCCAACGUGAGUGCCAAAGAUAAGAAGGAAAGGCAGGCGAUCCACUGGGCUGCAUAUCUUGGACAUGUGGAGGUCGUGAAGCUGCUGGUGUCUCAUGGUGCUGACUUGAUGUGCAAAGACAAACAAGGUUACACUCCACUCCAUGCUGCAGCUGCCAGUGGACAAUUAGACAUGGUCAAAUACCUGUUGAGACUGGCGGUGGAGACUGAUGAACCCAAUGCUUUUGGGAACACAGCGCUCCACAUGGCUUGUCACAUGGGUCAGGACACUGUGGCCACUGAGCUGGUGAACUGUGGUGCCAACAUCAAUCAGCCCAACCACCACGGCAGCACACCACUGCACCUGGCCGCAGCCUCCUCCAGCGGGGUGCUAUGUCUCGAGCUGCUAAUUAACAAUGGUGCUGAUGUCAACAUGCAGAAUAAAGAAGGAAAGAGCCCUUUGCACAUGGCUGCUAUGCACGGCCGCUUCACAGGUUCCCAGGUUCUGAUCCAAAACGGUGGAGAGAUUGACUGUGUUGAUAUGUAUGGAAACACUCCUCUUCAUGUUGCUGCCAGAUAUGGUCAAGAGUUGCUGAUCAGCACUCUGCUGACAAAUGGUGCUGACAAGACCAGACAGGGGAUUCAUGGGAUGCUUCCACUACAUUUGACAACACUCUAUGGAUUUCCAGACUGUUGUCGAAAGUUACUGUCUAAUGGCCAGUUUUAUAUCAUGCCGUCUCAAACAUCAUCCGUUGUGUCUGAUAUAAACGUCCAAGAUGACCACGGGAGGACCUGCCUGCAUGCAGCUGCCUCUGGAGGCGACAUUGAGUGUCUCAACUUACUGUUGAAUAGUGCUGCUGAACUGGAUGUAAAAGAUCAUUUGGGAAGGUCUCCAUUGCACUAUGCUGCAGCUAAUGGGAACAGCCAAUGCACAAUCUCCCUGGUGAGAGCCGGCGCUGAGGUCAAUGAGCUGGAUCUGAUAGGCUGCAGCCCGCUGCACUACGCUGCUGCUUCACACACGUUUUGUAGGGGGGAGGCAAACUCUAAGCCUGACUACAAUGAGGAAAAGGAACAAGAAGCCUCUCUGUGUUUAGACUACUUGCUUGACAAUGGAGCGAACCCAACUCUGAAGAACAGUAAGGGUUACAGUGCCGUCCACUAUGCAGCAGCUUAUGGGAACAAACAGCACCUUGAACUGCUCCUGGAGAUUUCAUUCAACUGUCUAGAAGAGGUUGAAAGUAAUAUUCCUGUCAGUCCUUUGCACUUAGCUGCGUAUUAUGGUCACUGUGAGGCACUGCGUUUGCUGUCUGAGACAUUAGUGAGUCUGGAUGUGCGGGACAUUGACGGCAGAACUGCCCUCCACCUGGCUGCUCAGAGAGGUUUUGCUCCAUGUGUGGAAGUGCUGCUGAAACAUGAAGCCUCCUACACACUGAAGGACCACAAGCGCAAGUGGACGGCUCUCCAUGCUGCAGCUGCCGAAGGCCAAAUGGACUGUUUGCUUUUAUUGGUCAACAGGGAACAAAGUGCUGACAUCAUCGACAGUCCAGAUACCCAGGGCCUGACGGCUCUCAUGCUUGCAGCACUGGGAUGUCACACUGACUGUGUUCACAUCUUGUUGGAAAAAGGAGCGAAAGCUGACGCUGCAGACAAAAAGGGCUUCACUGCAUUACACAGAGCUGCCAUGCUGGGCAGUGAGGACUGUGUAUCUGCUCUGCUGGAACAUGGGGCCUCCGCUCUGUGUCGAGACUCUCAGGGAAGGACCCCGCUGCAUCUCACAGCGUCUCUUGGCCACACAGAGAUACUCCGAACUUUGCUAAAAGCUGCCAUGAAAGCUGACCCUCUGGACUCCAUAUUGGACUACAUAGGCUACACGCCCACCCACUGGGCUGCAUACCACGGGCAUGAGGGAUGUUUACGCAUUUUACUUGAACACAAGCUUUUUAGCAACCAAGAAGGAAAUCUUUUUACCCCAUUGCACUGUGCUCUAGUUAAUGGACAUGAUGUUGCUGCUGGGCUUUUAGUGAAGACUGUUGGCCCUCAAAUUAUUAACGUCAGUGAUGCCAAAGGAAGGACUCCGCUGCAUGCGGCUGCUCAUUCAGGAAAUGUUGCUGGGCUCCAGCUGGUUCUGGCCCAGGGAGCAGAAGUCAAUGCUGUGGACCAGUGUGGAUGCUCCGCUCUGAUGGUUGCUGCUGACUGUGGACAGACGAUGGCUGUUGAGUUCUUGCUGCACAAAGCGAAGCCAGACCUGACCCUGGUGGAUGUCAAUAGUAACACUGCCCUUCACUUAGCCUGCAGCAAGGGUCAUGAGAUGUGUGCCCUGUUGAUCCUGGGAGAGAUCAACGACUCCUCCCUCAUUAAUGCAACAAACAGCGCUCUCCAAAUGCCCCUUCACAUCGCAGCAAGGAAAGGCCUGGCCACUGUAGUGCAGGUGUUGCUGAGCAGAGGAGCAGCAGUCAUGGCUGUAGAUGAGGAAGGCCACACGCCGGCUUUGGCCUGUGCCCCAAACAAGAACGUAGCAGACUGUUUGGCCAUGAUCCUCUCCACCAUGAAGCCUUUCCCUCCCAGAGAGGCCAGUGCAGGUACUGCCUCCCACUUCACCCCCAUCCUGAAGAACUGUGGCAUCGCUGCCAGUUGUGGGUCCAGUGGAAACCUGUGUCAUGCUUAAGUGAGGGUCGCACAAGCUCUGCUGGCCUGCCCUGGUGUUUAUGGAGUGAAAUUUCAUCACGGUGUAGCCCAAAGUGUCUCGUGUGUUAUAUGCAGCUGCAUGUACACUAUGUGCUCAUGCACCAGCAGCAUUGAUUGCUUCUUGAAAAUCUAGUCUUACGCAUCCCUAAUAUUAGCUUCUUCUCUGUCACAGAAGUUGAGUUUAGCACAUUAAUGUUAUUUUAAUGAAGUACUAACCAUUGGAAAUGAAGCCUCUCCACUUGAACCCCAUCCGCCGUCACUGUUUCUCAGCUCCUUAACCACCAAAGCCCGAAACCUUCAUGCUCGUCCUCAGCUGAUACAAAUGCAAGAAUACAUGUGUGAUUGUGUGUUUAAUUUACGUGUGUGUAUGUGUAUGUGUGUGUGUGUGUGUCUGCUUUUAGACAUUGCUUCUUAAUAUACUUGUUUUAGAAUAUGUAACGGGUGCUGCACACCUUUUAUGCAAUUAAUAAUACUCUAUUUUCUUAUCCUGUCCAGAGUGUAGCAGACACUACAUUGAUAUAAAUAACCUUAUUCUAAUAUUAACACAAAUUAUGUAAGUUAAAUUUCACUUUAGUAAAGUCAAGAGCAUGUGUAAAGUAGCAAUUAUGUAGUUUACACAGUCUAGUGUAUAUAUAGUUCUUAAAAUGAAGUUAACCUUUUACUUGUUUGAAAUGAUUGAGGCUUAACCUCAGGCCAGUGUGUACUGUACUGUGGGUGCAAUAAAAAGCACAUUUUGAGCUGGAUGUUACAUAACAAAUGUCAAGUAUGACACAAGUUUCAUAUUUCAGUUAAAUAAGACAGAGAAUAAAGCACGCACAUGAAAGGUCAGAGAAACACAUCAACUGUGUGUUAAUGCAACAGUUUAAAUGCACAGGAAAAAAAAUCUCUCAGGCCCCUGAGGAAAUGUGACAUUCACUACACCUGCAACUAAAGAUUCAUUUCAUUUUUGAUUAAUUGGGUGUGUUUUUGUUGUCGUUUUUUUCCAUUAAUGGUUAAGUGGUCAUUGCAAGUUUCAAAAGCCCACCUUGAAGUUGCUUUUCUUUUUUCUGAUCAGCAGCCUGAAACCCAAAGAUAUUUAAUUUACACCAAAUUCCUCACAUUUAAGAGGCAUUUUUUAUGAAUUAGUGUAAAAUGUUAGCUAGUUGUAAAACGGUCUGUUCAUUUUCAGUUGAUCGACUAAUCAAUUGAUUGUUUCAGCACUACAUUUCACAAUUGUUGUCACUAUAAUGUUGCUGGUGUGCAGUGAACUGCUCACAUGUCAUGAUGUCUCUGAAACACUAGAAACUGAAUGGAUUGUUUCUAAAAUGUGAUUCUCUGUUUCCUGGUUCAGUGGAGAAUUCACCACGUUUCCUUCGUUAUCAUGCAGCAUUUAUUGACAUUCAAUAAAUAAAUCUGUGUCUAGUAAAUAUUUAACAUUUAGAAAAGAAGGGAGCAACCACAGAGUGAAGUUUUUAUUGUGAUCAUUUAUUUUCACUUGUGAAGUAAAUUAUCACAAUACUCCUGCACUGGUACAACGUCACUGCCUCGCUCUCUUUAAUGAUCAGGUUUUUAUAAAUGGGGAUGUGCGUGAAAUGUUUAUCUUUUUAGAAUUUGAAAGCGGUAUCGAAGCACAUACUUUAUAUUUCCCCUUCUACUAAUUGACUUUCUUUACAAUGGACCUAUGCUGACGAUUUGCACUCUUACAUGAAAGUUUGGUUAUCUGUCUAAGUGUAUGCAAGAUUACAUUUAAAAGUGCAUUUUUCAAUAACGGCAGAAACCGGUUCAGUUUGACCAUGUCAUUUCAUUUCAUCUGGAUGAAAUUAGUGAGAAAAAGGCAAUUUUCUAAACACAAGUUGCAGUGAAAUGUUUUGAAUAAUGUUUGUCUUUGGGAAUUGCUCUGUUACAUGUGAACAAACAGUGUUUCUUCUGAACAUCUUACCAGGACUUCAGGGUGUAACUCCUAACUUGAAUACUCUGGUUGCUUUAGUUGUGAAUGGCAUUCAUAUGAGAUAAAAUAAAUACAUCACACUAUCGGAAGAGUUUUUGCAGUUUUUUCUUUCCAUUUCCUAAUUGAGUCCCAUGAUAACAGUCCUUGGUGCCCUCGUUGUCAGCCCUAGUGCACCCCACUUUCAUGCUUACUUUUUGCCAUAGUGUCACACCAGAGGGCCCCAAAUGCCCCUCCAACAAGCUCACAGGCCUCUGUGGUGCCAUAUUAGGGCAAAAUAAGCUCUCCUCUGGUAUGAUAGAUCCAUUUUAUUUGUCAUAGAGUUUGUGCACACUGUUGAAAUCAAGCUUCACAGCACUGACAUCUGAACAAGUCUGUCCUAAAUUUGUCGUAAAACAAAUUAGUGAAUUCCCUUGAAAGAAAAAUGGUCUCCUGCCAUUCAUAUUAAUUAUUGCUGUGUAUGUGAUACUGACGGAUCUCACUAGUGGAGUCCUCUUUGAUGAUUUUGCCCCAAAACAACUGAGUUGCUGAAUAGA